AUGGAUUCACUGGAGUCUCUGGAUUCUCUGCGCCAUCUCAUUCAAAACCACCCCAUAAUCGACAAUCAUGCGCACAAUCUCUUAACUCAAGAAGCUGCCACAGACUACGAUACCUAUCCGCUUGAGUGUAUCGUAUCCGAAGCCCACGGUCGCGCCUUGAAAAAUGCGCUCUCAACACUCCCAUUACUGCGAGCCACGAACCAGCUGAGCGAGCUGUAUGGAACUCCUUGUAAAGAGUGGUCCGAUGUGUUAACUGCACACAGUCAAUGGGUGCAAAAUGACUACCAGGGGCUCAUUCGCCGAAGUCUGGAAGGCACACAGUCGCUUUUACUGGAUGAUUUAUUAACAGACGAUGACGUUGAGCCGUAUACCUGGCAUGACUCAUUCACAGCCUCGGUAACAAAACGGAUUGUCCGAAUCGAAGCCGUGGCAGCCUCGUUGUUGCUGGAAUUAAUGAAUGAGGAGCGUAAGCCCGAAGAGACGGUGUGGGGACAGUUUCGGCAGCGCUUUCUCUCCGCACUCGAAUCUGCGAUGGAGGAUCCCGCAGUCGUGGGUUUCAAAUCUGUGGUUUGUUAUCGGACGGGGCUCGAUGUUGAUCCUUACUCUGCUGAUGAGGAUGGACUCACAGCCUCGUUGCAUCGGAUCCUGGACUCUGGUACCAGGAGAUCGGGGUAUCGCAUUGAUGAUAAACCGUUGAAUGAUUGGUUGGUGCAGCAGACCUUGAAAUUGAUUACCUUUAGGAAGAGAGCUGGGAUCGUGAAGCCUCUUCAAUUUCAUACGGGUCUUGGAGAUAAUGAUAUUAGUCUCCUGAGGUCGAACCCGGCGUAUCUACAGCCGCUUAUUGCGCAGUAUCCUGACGCAGACAUUGUGCUUUUGCACUCAUCCUAUCCGUAUACACGGGAGGCUGGGUAUCUGGCAUCUGUGUAUCCGAAUAUUUAUCUGGAUCUGGGAGAGGUGUUCCCGAUGGUUAGUCGGGAAGCUCAAGAGUCAAUCUUGAGACAGAGUCUGGAAAUCACGCCAACAAAUCGUCUUCUCUGGAGUACCGAUGGUCAUUUCCACCCGGAAACGUUUUGGCUGGCCAAUAAGCAGUUUCGCCAGACGCUGGAGAAGGUCUUUGUCGAUUACAUCAAACAGGGCGAUUUCACUGUGUCCCAAGCAAAGACUAUGAUCGCGGAUAUUUUAUUCCAUAAUUCAAAUCGCUUGUACAAGUUGGCUCUCGAGCCGAAUUAUUCACCAGGAAACACUGAGAAUUCUUUGUCAACCAGAGAUGCAACCUGUUGA